CUGGGCCUGCCACUCACAAACCACCAAUAUAUACAACUAUUUCAUAUUUCCAUUCACAAACACACGCACUCGUACACACACACUGGAAUUUUUCAAUCUACCUUUAUUUCGGUAAUCGAGAUUGGGAGGAAAAUGACCGCGGCAAUGUUGAGAUCACUUCUCCGGCGGAGCACGAGCUCCGCUGCGUCGUCGUAUUGCUUCUCGAGCCGUCGCUUCUCAUCGGGGGCGGCGCCGGAGCGGAAAGUAGCCAUUUUGGGCGCGGCGGGGGGCAUCGGACAGCCCCUCUCGCUCCUCAUGAAGCUGAAUCCUCUCGUCUCCAGGCUCGCUCUCUACGAUAUCGCCGGCACCCCCGGCGUCGCCGCUGACGUCAGCCACGUCAACACCAGAUCUGAGGUGAAAGGAUUUGCUGGGGAAGAUCAGCUCGGGCAGGCUUUAGAGGGUUCAGAUAUAGUCAUCAUUCCAGCCGGUGUUCCUAGAAAGCCUGGCAUGACUCGUGAUGACCUCUUCGCAAUUAAUGCUGGCAUUGUCAAAUCUCUUUGUGAGGCCAUUGCCAAAUAUUGCCCCAAUGCUCUUGUCAAUAUGAUUAGUAACCCUGUAAAUUCGACUGUACCAAUUGCUGCUGAGGUAUUCAAGAACCAUGGAGUAUAUGAUGAGAGGAAACUGUUUGGUGUGACCACUCUUGAUGUGGUCAGGGCCAAAACAUUCUAUGCUGGCAAGGCCAACGUCAAUGUAGCUGAUGUCAAUGUACCUGUUAUUGGUGGUCAUGCUGGAAUUACCAUUCUUCCCUUGUUUUCCCAGGCAACACCCAAAGCAAACCUGUCAGAUGAUGACAUCAAAGCCCUUACUAAAAGAACACAAGAUGGUGGGACAGAAGUUGUUGAAGCUAAGGCUGGAAAGGGUUCAGCUACACUUUCGAUGGCAUAUGCUGGGGCCUUAUUUGCCGAUGCUUGCUUGAAAGGGCUUAAUGGGGUCCCAGAUGUUGUGGAAUGUACAUUCGUGCAGUCCACCGUGACUGAGCUACCUUUCUUUGCCUCCAAGGUGAAACUUGGGAAGAAUGGUGUUGAGGAAGUCUUAGGUUUCGGUCCUCUGUCUGAUUACGAGCAACAAGGAUUGGAAGCUCUCAAGAAAGAGUUGAAAAGCUCAAUUGAGAAAGGAAUUGCAUGGCAUGCGAAAUCCAAAAAUCCCACAAUCCAGAGUGUCUAUGAACCUAUAAAGCCUAUCUUCCGACCAUUAUCUCCUCAUCUUCCCAUCUAUAAGCCCCAGACAAGCUCUACAGUCUCAAUCACUAAUAGAGUAAGCGCAGUCAUCCUAACCACCGUCCCUUUAACUUAUGCUUUCCUUACUCUCAAAAUGGGACCAAUUUGCUUGGCCAAUGAGAGCGUCUAUCAAGCCAUGUAUUAUUCAUCAAAGCUAGGGCCAAUCGCCCUCCAGAUUACCGCCUUAGCCACGGCCUACCAUUUGGUACACGGGCUUUAUGAUUUGUAUCAGUUGUUUCGCCCUUGAACAGUUGGACAAGCUCUUGUUUCGUCUGCACUUAAUGUGCGAGAGAGUUGUCGGUGUUAAUGCUAAUAAAUCCAUUGGGCGUCAAGGUUUUUAAGUCGGGUUUGAUAAGAGCAGGAUGUUGUUGAUAUUUUCAGCAGUUAGAACCCUGCUCAAUUUCUCUACAUGUUACAUCAACAGGUUAGCGCAGAUGAAGAAGUGAAUAAUGUAUGUUUUUCACAUUUGUUGUCAAUGUUUUUAUCUUCAAAUAUCAUUUUCGUCUGCUUCUCUCUA